UUAUAAUGAAUGAAAUGGAAUGUAAAGAACCUCAGAGGAGGAGAGUGCCACCUCCAGUUCCAAAAUUUAGGCCUUAGCCAGUUGAAAAUGCAUAGAUUAAUGUAGCUAUGCAAAAUUUUUUUGCUGAAAUAUAAUAAGAAGUGGAGCCUACAUAAAUAGGAGAAGCAGCUCCUUAAAAUAGUAUAGCAAAUCCAGUUUAAUAAACUCAGAAUUAACAAGUUUAAUAGCAAUAACAAUAAGCAUAAUAGUAACCAGCUAGUAAAGUAAAUAUUUAGUAAAAUAUAGGACUUAUCCCAUUUAAAUAAUAAACUGAGCAAUAUUCUUCGUGUUUGCAAAAACACUACUAUGUUGACUCCUAUAGUGAAUAAGCCUCAAGAGUAUGAUCCAAGUAGGCCAAAUGAUUAUGAAGAAUUGAAAAGAUAGAUGAGUUAAUCAGAUACAUAAAAUGAGCAGCCAUAGUAAUAAUAAAUAGAAGAAGAGACAGAGCCAUCUUAUGAUGAAGUAGAGUUAGGAUCUGGAGAAGAGAAAGCCUUAAAAAUGAUGGAGAAAUUUGGUUAUAAGUUUGGUUUAGGAUUGGGGAAAUACAAUUAGGGAAUAUAGAAUCCAAUAGAGGUUAUAAAGACUUCAAAUAGUGUAGGAGUGAUUGAAGUCAGCUCAUUAGAUUUUACAGAUUUACUUCCAUAAAAUGUUGUAUUUAGAAAAACUUUUGAAUAGCAUAAAUAGUAUAGGAAUAUUGAUUGUUAGAUAGCCCACAAAUAUAUUAGUGUUAUUGAAUGCUAUAACUGCAAAGAAUGUAGAUGAAUACUUUAAAGAUGAAAUAAAGGCAGAGUUAGGAAAGUAUGGAUAUAUAAAGAAAAUUCAUGUUCAUGUCCGAGCAGAAUUGGAAGAAGAUUUACAAGUGAGAGUGUUUAUUGAAUAUGCAAAGUAUGAAAUAUGGAUAAUAAUAGUAAUGAGGAGGCAAUGGCUGCAUUUUUGGCAGCAGAUUAGAGAGUAUUUGGAGGAAGAAUAAUGACAUGUCGAUUCUAUUCAAAUGACAAUUUUAAUGAUGGACUAUUUGAUGUUGAAUUAUGAGUAUUAAUAUUAAUUGUUUGCACA